CAACUCAAAUCUUUUUUUCCUAUGGACUGGGCCUUGGCUCGCUCAUCGCACUCGGGAGCUACAACACGUACAACAACGAUGUAUACAAGGACUCCAUCAUAGUAUGCUGCAUUAACUCCUGCACCAGCAUGUUUGCAGGCUUCGUCAUCUUCUCCAUUGUAGGCUUCAUGUCCCAUAUCACCAAGAAACCUGUCCAGGAAUUAGCAGCAUCAGGUCCAGGUCUGGCGUUUUUGGCUUAUCCUCAGGCCGUCACCCAGCUGCCCAUGUCCUCUCUCUGGGCCAUCCUCUUCUUCUCCAUGCUCAUGAUGCUGGGCCUGGACAGUCAGUUUUGCACAGUGGAGGGCUUCAUCACAGCUCUUAUGGAUGAAUAUCCGCUAUUGCUGAGGAAGAGGAAAAAGGUCUUCAUCCUCAUAGUCUGCUUCAUCUCCUUCAUCAUCGGCUUUUCCAACAUCACACAGGGUGGUCUGUACGUGUUCAAGCUGUUUGAUUACUAUUCCGCCAGUGGGAUGUGUCUUCUCUACCUCGUCUUCUUCGAAACCAUCUCCAUAUCCUGGUUUUAUG